UUUCUAUAAGACAUGUUUUUAUGCCUCAAACUGUCCCAGAUAUCGAUUCAUCUGAGAAAUGUUCGUUCAUGAGUUGAUCAUUGACUUUUGACUCCUCCCAGAAUAACUUCCUCUAAUUCUGCAUCGGUCGGAUCUGUUUCAACAUGUGGAUCAGAAUCACAUCGGAACCGGAAUCCACAUGAUGUCCGAUCCAAAGAGUUCCUGGCACGAAGAUUUCGCCAGAAACUUUUCCCGCUUUUUCUCCAGAAGUAAAUCUGUGGACACACAUGAAAGUGAGGCUGAUGGAUCCACCUUCACCUGCAGCGCUCACAAGGAUUCAUUUCACACACCUGAGCUGCAGCUGAACAUGCCAGAAACUGCAGCUGCGCAGGAGCUGCAGCUGUCUGACGGGGCGGACAGAAACAGUGUGUCACCGAAGGAGGUCGACACACAGGGGGACUCGCUUGAACCUCCUGCCCCUCCGCCCACCGCCACAGCGCCCCCUGCUGAUGGAUUCUUCAGACGCCUGAGCAGCCUGUUCCAUUUCGGUCGGGCAGAACCAUCCGGAGUCCAGAGAGAGACACACACGGACUCAGAGAGCAGCAGUCCGAACACUGGACACAGAGACUCAGCGACGCAGCAGACAGACAGCAGUGUGGAACUGUCUCACCAAACCUCAGAGGACCUGUCUGUGUGUCAUUCAGACUUCACACACAAACAAUAUGAAGAACAUAGUGAGGAACUCCGAGAGUAUUCUUUGGCAGAGUGUUUGGAGGACAAGAGAUGUUUUGAUCUAGCCUGUCAACCUGUGGUAACCAUUGGGACAUACCGUGGACAGACCGAGUUCAAGAGAGCAAAGAAGAAGCAUCACUUGGAGCUUCAUUCACCCAGCUCCGAGAGAGAGGAGGUGACACAUCCAGACAGCCAUGAUGACACGGUCAUCUCCUCAGCUUUAAACACCAUGAGUUCUGAUAGCCAAGAUAACUCCAUUACUGUAAGUCUAGUGUCUUAUAAUCCUUCAUGGAAACAACAAGUAGAAAACAAUUUGAUCCAGAGUGCCCUGUGGACAGACACAGAGACUACAGACCGAGGUCCCACUGUAGAAUCUGGAGCGACUCCAACCAGCAAACUCAAUCAUAUUGUUGAAACAGGCUCUGAUCAAUUAAUAACUUGCAUAGAAACAGACUCGGCUCACACCGUUCCUAAAGUAGAACCGAGACUACUGAAUGAAGCCUCUAACAGUGGCCAGGAAGAGCUCGCACAGAGCGAGACACCAGAGACGGUAUCAGUGAACUGUAUGCCAAAGGAGACACAUUUAUUCUGCAACAAUGCUCUGAUGCACCAUCACAGCCCACAUCCAGCUCCAGAGCAGAGACUAAAGCAGAAAACCUCCUCAGUAUUUACUGACAGAAAGGAGCGUUUGUGCCCUGAUGAUUCUCAGAUGAACUGCCGUGAAGAAGAGAGGUUGACUGAAGAGGAUUCUCGGUUGGACGAGGAGGUUCUGCGACUGGAGUCUAAAAAGAUGGUUGAUGGCAUUUUGAAAAAUGCUCUUGCUGCCUUUCAAAUGAAGGAUGUAUCUGAGGUGGAGUGUGACACACUGUCGACCUGUGAUCUUCACAAAGGUUCAAUUAGCUGUCAACUCGAAGAGCAUGAUGAGAAUCAAGCAGUUCCUGAAUAUUCUGCUGAGGAAAAGGAAGUGGACGCAACUCUGUUCUGUAAGAGCAGUGGAAGAAACGCUGAUGAUGAGCCAUUAUCACCGAAUGUUCACAGUAAUAGGGACGUUUUCCAUAAAAAAGACAUCUCUGUUGUGCUGCCUGCUGUUUGCGAGUCUCUCAUUGGUGAAGAGAAAGAGCAACACGCAAUAAAUAUCUCUGAAUAUGAAACAGAGCAAUACAGAGUGGAAAACAGAUGUCAGGAUUCAGCCAAAGACAAUAAAAAGAGCAAUAACUGCAGACACAACCUGGACACUGAUUCCUGUGAUGCUUCUUCAAUCACUCCUGACAUUGAUUCGCUUGUAAAUCAGGAGAGUCAAACUCAAUCUCUCAGUGUAUCGGGUAAGUGUGAUCCUUUUAUUCCAAGUCCUGAAUCUGACACAAAAGAUCCUGCAAUUAGAGAGACACCAAAGACAGAUUUUGCACAGCAGCCGACAGCUACACAAAGCUACACAGCUACACUUUAUUCAGGUGGUGCAGAUCAGGACCAGGUCUGCUGUGACUCUGUGACUGGAGAAGAUCAGAGUUUCCCAGCAUGUGUGACUGAUGUCCAGACACACUCAAGAGGGUUAGGUCCGUCUCAGUGGAUGUCAGUCAAAGCGAUCAGCUGUGAGGUAACAGAUGACCAAAGGCAGAGUCCUGUGACGCUCAACUUGGAUCAAGCAGAUGGUAGAAUAUCAGCCGUAUCUCCUUCAGGGAGGACACUUCAUCUCGACCUCCCGGACAGUUCCAGCAGAGGCGCGGCUUCUGUUCCCCAACAUCCACAACUUGAUCUCCACCAGGUCGACGGAGGCUUUGCCAUCAUCAGUGAGGAGGAGGAGAUAGAUGCUGUGUUCGUGAACGACACGGGGCCUGUGCACAGUCCAGGCACACGCAGAGCCAAAGCAUACCCCUUCUCCCUCUCUCCCAUCUACGAGGAGGAGUCGGGGCAUGAGGAAGUCUCGGAGACGCUGCAGGUUCUGCCGUUGACAGAAGAGGAGCAAAGGAGCGUGGAGCAGCCGGCCUCAUCCAUCCUCUCCCUCCUGCAGUCAGUCAGCGAGAAACUUCAGUCCAGUGUGGUCUGCGUUUCAGAUGAGGACCAGGCCGAGUCUUUGAGAGCCACCACAAUACCGCUGUGGCACUGCUACAGAGACGGCAGUGAGGAAGAUGAUGAUGGUGAUGAUAAUAACUUCCGUGUUUUAGUGCACCAACAACUCACUGAGGCCAAACCUGUCCAGAAGCCAAAUACAGAGGAUGAGCUUAGCUCAAAUAUUGAUCAGACUGCUAAAGGAGCUCAUGAAAGAAUCCAGGAGGAGCUGGAAUAUAAUAGCACGCAGGUGAACGCUGGAAAGAAUAUCAAUGCACCUUUCUAUCAGUAUUUAAAAUCCAGAGUGACGACGUCUGCUGAUAAAGAACCCAAAGACACUAAACACAUUGUGUGCUGUAAUGAAACCAACACAACCGUCAUGGGAGAGAUUGAAGGCUUUGGACGGGUCAUCCCGAGACCUUCUAUAAUGCUCAUCUAUGAAGGUCAGUCAAUCAGUGGUGACAGAAGAGAAAUCUGUGAUGACGUGGAGGACACCAACAGAGUUCUGUUCCCUUGUGGAGCAACGAUUCACGUGCUCAGAGGAUGUUGGCUGCUGUAUGUGGAUUUGUGUUUCCACGGGUCUUGUGUUCUGCUUGAGGAGGGUCAGACCAUGAGAACCCGCAGACAUCCUCAACAGAACCUGCAACAGCACAGAGAUCCCAGAAGAACCGACAUCAGUGAUGUUCUGUCUGUCUGCUCCAUCAGGACACUGCUUAAGGACAAUGGCGUUCCAGAGAUCCAUAUCCAUUCCAGCAUGUGUCGGACCGGACAAACGAUCCGUCUCUUCUCAGCUACAGACCUGACGGAGCAGCACGACCCCGUGACCCUCUCUGACCUCUUCGUCAAGACUGGAUGCUGGUUGGUCUACGAAGAGUCUGGAUUCAGUGGUAAUUCUGCUGUUCUGGAAACAGACGGGAGAGUGACGCCUGUUCUACACAGUUCUCUUGUGUCAUGUGUGAAGAGUCUCCGGCCGUUAAAAAUGGGCGGGCUGAAGGUGGCGAGACCUCUUGACCCAAAGGUGAUGUUGUUUGGAAAAACGCAGUUUCAGGGUGAAUGUAGAGAACUGCUGAAUCACACCGACAGUCUGAAGGACACAGAGGGGUCGAUGGGAGUUUCUUCUCUUCGGGUCACAGGUGGAAUAUGGGUGGGAUUCUCCAGUGAGGGGUUCAGAGGUCAUCAGUGUGUGCUGGAGGAGGGUGGAUACAGCGACUGCUCAAGACUCUUCAAAAGCUCCAUUAAAUCACUGCGUUACAUUCACUCCGACUUCCUGGAAGCCUCAAUCUGUCUGAAGAGCUCCGAUGAGGAAGUCACUGUGGUGGACCAGGAAGUUGCUGACCUGCAGCGUAUCGGCAUCACUCAGGACACAAACAACAUCUAUGUGAAGAGUGGAGCGUGGGUGGCGUACAGCGACAGGUGCUUCACAGGAGAUCAGUAUGUGCUAGAGAGAGGACGACACUCAGGGACCCUCGAAUGGGGUGACAGGCGCAGCUCACCGCGGUCACUGCGACCUAUUCGCAGGGAAGUUUGCACCAUCAUAGAGCCAAUUUCUUUGCUGCGCAUCUACAGUCAGACGCAUUACAACGGCGAGAGCCGAGAGUUUGUGAGUGAAGCUCCGGACUGCGGCGGUCUCAGACUCCAGUCGUUCCGGGUCAUCAGAGGGAGUUGGCUGCUCUUCGAUGAGGAGGGUUUCUCUGGUAACCAGUACAUCCUGGGGGAGGGGCUUUACCCUGACCUCACUUCCUGUGGCUGUGCAUCAGCGGUCAUCAAGUCUGUAAAGCCUGUUCCAUACAGUUUCACCGAUCCGUCCGUCAGUCUGUUUUCUCUCAGCGGUUUUGAGGGACUCGAGGAAACGUCACAUUCAGAUGUGGAGAACAUCUCACACUUCUUCAGCCAAUCUGUGAGAGUCAACAGCGGCCUGUGGGUGGCAUAUGAAUACAGUCAUUUUAAGGGGCGUCAGAUGCUCUUGCAACCGAGAGAAUAUCCAGAUUGGGGGGGUCACAGCGGCUGGGAAACAGUCGGAUCAUUGAGGCCCCUCAAACAGCCAUGCGUUCACAUUCAGAUACGGAAUCGGGCGCUGGGCUCCGUCCUGACCGCGGAGAGCGUCCCGAUUCAUUCUUUUCCUGCAAACGUCUUCCUGAGUUCUGCCGACCGCUCGCUGGACACGCAGCGCUGGAUCUUCACCGACGGUCUUCUGAAGAACACGGUGACGAGAGGUUGUCUGUCUGUGAUCGGUGCAAAGGCGUGUGCGGGUGCCAGAGUGGCAUUAUGGGAAGAACACGGGCAUGUGAAUCAGAGAUGGAGUCUGAAUGAAGAUGGGACAUUCUCCUCACAUUUAAAUCGCAGUCUCGUGUUGGACAUCAAAGGUGGAGUUACUGCUGACACGGAUCAUCUGAUUCUGAGUCCGCUGUGUGUCGAUACAAACACUCAAAACUGGGACGUGGACGUGCUGUGACCCUGAAACUAUCAGGAACAUGAACACAUGAUCAAAUCAGACAAUGAGGGCUGAAAGUGUGAUUUAACAGUCACAUAUUCACUCAAGGCAAUCACAUACAAAUUGAUUUUGGGCCAUUUUCCUGAAAAUGUCCUGUUUGAGGAAAAUAGGUCUGUUUAUUUGCACUAAAGGAAACCUCACGUGUGGGACCGCCGCACGCUCCGCAGAUUCUCCCUUUAAUCCGUUUCCAGCGGCUGCAGGACACAUUCAGAUGCUAUAAAGUCAUUUCACUGGAGUUCUUCUGCAACACGUGUGUGUGUGUCAGGAAUACAUUUUUGUAGGUUUUACUGUAAACAUAUAUUAAUCUGUACAGUCACUAUUAUAAGAAGCAUUUUUAAAAGCAAAAUAAAUCCUGAAAAUAAAAGUUGUAAAAUAUA